ACUUAUAACCUAUAACUUCAAAUAUGUUAUAACCUAGGUAAUAAACAUAAACAGGACUUGCAAAAGAUAUGCUUUGAAGAGUGUUGUGGAUCUUUAAUUAAAUUCAGUGCAUUAAGAAAUCUAAAUGGAAUCAACGGAUUUUGUGGCGACGAGAGGUUCAGCAUUGAAAGCAAAGCCGGAAAGCAGUUUGCAGGUAGUUAGUUUUGAAUCGUACAAGGCAAAGAAGAAGAAGGUAAACCAGAAGAAAAAGAAGGCUAAGAAGCAGGAAGAGAACAUCUUGGAUAUGGAGGCGGCAAGAAAUGAAAUUACUCAGUUCAGUAUAAAUGGUUUAAAACCGAAGCAAAGGAGAGAAGCUAAAAUGAAAUUGGCCAUCAAAUUAGGUGCUAAACCGCCAAAGAACAAAUAUGUAAAUUAUAAAACUAUCAUUGAGCAGAGAUUCAAUGAGAAAAAGGAUAAAAUUAAGUUGAAAAAGCUGCAGCAGGAAGGUAAAGCAGAAAUUGAGGAGACUAAGAAACCUGAUGUUAAGGAUAAGAGGAAAAAUGGUAAAUGGAAGACCUGGGGAAUAUUGGAUAUUUAUGGCACAUUGAAAAAGCAUUCAAAAAAAUAACGUCUGUAACUAAUUAAUUAAU